AUGGCUCUACUCCCAUCAGGGAAUCUGGGUGAUGAUAAUAGCGGCUUUCCUUCCGACAAGGAUUCCUUAAACUUGGCAAUGGAAAGAGGAAAAUCCUGGUCUGAUGAUGGAUAUGAGCUUAAUAGGAGGGGAACAGGUGUGUUCCAUCCGCAUAUCAAGCUAACUGACAUAGUUGAUAAAGAAAACAAUCAUAUCCCCAUUGAUCGGAUCCUACCUGAUGAUCUGCAGGAAAAAAUAAUCGCCUCUCUCCCAUUAGAGUGCAUUUUAAAAGCAUCUUGUGUUUGUAAAAAGUGGAAUGAAAUUGUGCACUCGAAAAAAUUUAUGUUGAACAUCUCAAAUGCUUUAGCACAGAAACCUUGGUACUUCAUGUUUACCAGCUCUGACGAACCCAUUGGGUAUUUCUAUGAUCCUUUGUUAAGCAAAUGGUACAGCUCUGAACUCCCUUGUAGUGUAAAGCAUAAUUAUUAUAUUGCUUCAUCUUGUGGUUUAGUGUGCUUCAUGGAUAAUUAUAGCAGGAAUGAACUAUAUGUUUGUAACCCGCUUACUAGAAACUACAAGAAACUGGAACUUUUGGGACAACCAUUUUUGGGUUACACAGCCCUUGCAUUUUCAGUGGACUGGCCAUCACACAGUUAUACUGUUGCCAUUGUAGGAUCGGAGCAUGUUUUUGAUGAUGAAUGGGCUAUUUCAAUUCACAUAUAUACUUCAAAUAAAAUGAUUUGGCUAUCUCCCAUGAAGAAAACUCUCACCAGGUGGAGAGCAGGAUACGAUAGUAUCAUUUGUGAUGGGGUUUUGUAUGUCCUUGUUUAUUAUACUGGAACAGACGAGACUGAGGAUCACCAUGCUUUGUUAACUUAUAAUCUUUAUACCCCAUCAUUCCAGGAUAUGUCAAUUUCUACUAGAGUCCCAGUUCCUUGUUUUGUUACUUGUGGACGGCUGUUGAACCUCGAUGACAAGCUUGUGAUGGUGGGAGGUAUUGGGAGACAAGAUCGACCAGGCAUAAUAAAGGGAAUUUGCAUUUGGGUUCUUAAAGGGAGGGAAUUGGAAGAGGUAUCUCGUGUGCCUUAUAAGUUAUUUCAGGGAUUUGGAGAGAUAGAUGAUGUUUUUGCUAGCAGUGGUGCUGGUGACCUUAUAUACGUUCAGAGUUAUGGAGCAACAGCUCUUCUUGUGUUCGACAUGACCUUGAGACAGUGGAGCUGGUCGCGGAAGUGUCCUGUGAUUAAGAAGUUUUCUCUUCAGCUUUUCUCAGGUUUUUGCUUCCAACCGCGGCUUGAACUUUCUUCCUAAUUGAGCAUC